AUGGGCCCUGGGACGCAGAGCGCGAGAGAGAGCGGCGGCGGGGGCGGCGGCGUAGAGACCGAAACGCGCAGAAAGGCCCGCCUCAGUUGUGCCAUUUCAUUGCGGCGCCGGCCCGACGGCCGGUCGGUAUCUUCGCCUUACGCUCUGCUCGCAUUCAAAACUGAUCAGCCCCCACUGAAACCCCAAUCAGACUGUGGAGAAACAUUUGUAUUUGUCUGAACCAUCAAGCACCACCCUCUCAUCAUAACCUCAAUAUUCGCUUUAUUCAAAGUCGAAAUUGAAGACAGUGUUGAAAGACUUCUAUGGGGCAGCUGUGUCAAGAAGCUGACCAUUUUGGUCUUUCGGCACUGAUUUGAUGAAAUAAGACGAUUCUCUAUCUAUACUACAGCAAACUAGGCUGUGCUGAAAGACUUGGGUAGUACAGAGCGGUUGAGCAUCUGUGCACUCUCGUCUUUCGUCACAUACUCGUUUUUUUCGGGAUCAACGAGCCUUCUGUACAAAACGACGCCCUAUUCAUGAAGGCUACAAAUCUAUAAACUCCUGAACUUCUUCGGCCCCAACUCCCCCUUCCCCUACAGCCCGCCGGGCUGUGCUGAAAGACGUGGGUAG